GUCCGCCUUUUAAAUAGCACUCGCGGCAUCUCACUUUUUUCGAUCGCUCCAAAAUGUCCGCAGGCGCUGUUCUUCCCUCAUCCCCAGAUGAAGUAGUGGACGCAGUGCGAAAUGCGUACGGAACCGUGGCCAAGGAAGGCGCAGAUAGGGCUUACGCCGAUACUGUCGCGCAGGCGUUCGGAUACACGGCCGAACAGCUCCAAUCUGUCCCCGAGGACUCCCACAUGGGAUUGAGCUGCGGAAACCCGGUGGCCACAGCAUCUAUCAGGGAGGGGGAAAACGUUAUUGAUCUCGGAUCGGGCGGCGGUGUCGAUGUUUUCCUUGCAGCUGCGAAGGCGGGCCCCACGGGCCAGGUGGUAGGGCUUGAUAUGUCCCCAGAUAUGAUCGCCCUUGCACGCCGCAACGCGGCCAAGAGAAAUCUCAAGCCUCCCCGUGUUUCAUUCGUGAAGACGCUUCUGCAUGAACGUUUGCCUAUCAACUCCGACUCGGUUGACUGCGUGCUCUCGAACUGCGUCAUCAACCUCUUGCCCACAGAGGGUAAGGCGAACCUGUUAAAGGAAGUAUACCGUGUGCUCAAGCCGGGUGGUCGCGUCGUCUUGGAUGAUAUCAUUGCGAAGAAAGAAUUCACCGAAACUCUGCGCGUGAAUCUCCAGGCUUACGUAGGUUGCGUAUCAGGUGCCCUUCAACUCCAUGAGUAUCGGGAGAUCAUGCAAAACGCGGGCUUUCAAGACGCCGUGUUCGUAGAUACCAAAGGUGACCUAAACGCAUAUACCCAGGGCGAUUCUAUUGGCUGCUGUGCUAAGCCAGAACCAUCGACCUCAUGUUCUGUAUCAUCUUCUUGCCAGCCAGCAUCAUGUGGACCUUCAUCCUCCUGCAAACCGACCUCAAGCGGAACUUCUACGCAAUCAACAUCUACGAUUGCGCAUCAGGUUGCGGACGUGAACGAAUGGGCUGCAUCCUAUCAGAUCUAUGCGACAAAACAAGCCAACGCUUCUGCAUCUGACGGUGACGUUGUAUCCACGGCGGUCCCGGUCCUGGAGAGCUGGAAAGACGCCUAUCCCACCCCAAAGUCAAGCCCGCGCCAAAUAACGGCUCAGGAAGUUGCCGAACUGCUCAAAUCCGCUCCGGCGGACCGCCGUGCUCACGACUUUGCAGUGAUCGAUGUAAGACGGGAUGAUCACGCAGGUGGACACGUCCGAGGGAGUUACCAGCGCGCCGCUCAGAGCUUCUACGAUGAUCUCCCGGAGUUUCUCGAAAAGUUCAAGGAAACAAACAAGGUUAUAUUCUACUGCGGCAGCUCGAGCGGGCGUGGACCGUUAUGCGCAGCGUGGUAUCAAGAUUAUCUCAACGAACACGGUAUCGGAAGCUCGGAGGCGUUGGUCAUGGCUGGGGGCGCAAAGGCGUGGCUUGCGGCGUUCGCAGGCGACGAAGCAUUAACAGACCAGGAAAAGGCGUAACUUCUGAUUUGCACUGGAUAUAAAAGAAAAUAUACAGCAGUGCGCACAAUCAUUGGUGGACGGUGUAUUUGAGAGAGGUGGUGUCAACGAUCAUUAAAAUACUAAAACCUUGUGCUUCUCCAUGCGACCAUCUUUGUUCAAAG